GGGAAUGGAAGCCAAACCUUGUGACCUACACAUGUCCCUGUGGGCAGGACCAGAAAGGCUCUCUGGGUAUAAAUGACCCCGCGCUGCCCAAGCUCCUGAGUCCAGCUGCUGACUGCUCAUCCUUUGAGACAAGCUAACAGCUCCCAGCCACAAACACCAUGAAGCUGUCCCUGUGUGCCUUGCUGGUGGCUCUGGCCCUUUGCUGCUACCAGGCUGAAGCAGCCAUGACUUGCCCAGCACUUGCAGAUGAAAUGACUUCAUUUGUGAUGAGCUCAGAAACUGGCUUGAGAGCAUACCUUGCUCAAUUUAAGGCACCUCCAGAGGCUGUGGAGGCCAAGAUGUUAGUGAAGAAGUGCGUCAAUGAUAACAUUACACUGAAACAAAGAUUGCAGAUUGUAGACACUUUGUCGAACUGA